GCCAACAACCGGGCGACUUAUGAGCGGCGAGAAGAGAAGAAUGACGUAUUAAUCGGGUCGGAUUAUGGGGCGGGGCCCCUUAAAGGCCUUCAUAUGAUUAUGAAUCUUGAUCUUAUUUUUAUGUCGGAAAACAUUGGUGUUCUUGUUGUUCUUGACUUCUUGUUGUUGUUGCUGCUGCUCGGACUCGCAUACAUACAUCCAUACAUCCGCAUCCAGAUCGGCGAUUCUCCAUUGACGCAUUUACAAGCAAGAAUUAGGAGAAAAGAUUUCGAAGCCCAAUUCUUUUUGCUGAAUUAGGUGGUGGUGAUGAUGGCGGCGAUGACUGGGAAUGGGAAUGGGAACGUUCCAAGCAGCGGCAGCAGGAGCAGCUCUGCGAUUAAUGAUAACAAUGAUACGGAGGACGACGGGAUGAUAGCUGUAGUGCUAUCCGAAGAAUAUACCAACCUCGACGCCGCUAAUUCUAAUACUGCUCGCCUUCCUAAUCUGGCUCCUCUCCCUCACGUUCCUCGGAUAAACUCGUACAUCCCGACCUUGAGUGAUGCGAGUUUGGAUCACCAACGCCUUCUCCAGAGGUUAAAUGUGUAUGGUUUACUUGAAGUUAAGGUCUCCGGCGAUGGAAAUUGCCAGUUUCGUGCACUUUCAGACCAGAUGUAUCGUUCCCCCGAAUAUCACAAACAUGUGCGCAAAGAGAUUGUCAAACAGCUCAAAGACUUCCGCUCCUUGUACCAAGGCUAUGUUCCGAUGAAAUACAAACGUUACUACAAGAAAAUGGCCAAACUUGGCGAAUGGGGCGACCAUGUUACUUUACAAGCAGCAGCUGAUAAGUUUGAAGCAAAGAUAUGCCUUUUGACCUCAUUCAGAGACACUUGUUUUGUUGAAAUUAUGCCUCGACAUCAGGCACCUAAACGUGAGUUGUGGUUGAGUUUCUGGUCUGAGGUUCACUACAAUUCAUUGUAUGAAAUUCAAGAUGCCCCUGUUCAGCAGAAGCCGAGGAGGAAACAUUGGCUGUUCUAGUUUGUUUAAGCAGAUUUGUCGAAAUCACUCACUCAGGUUGCUCUGAGAAUAGCGUGGUGCAUAUGUUGUGCUUGUUCCGUACAUGUUUCUGAUUCCUUAUAGAAGGUUCUUAUUUCUUGAUUUAGUUUACAAAACAUAUAUGGAUAAAUAUUUCAUUUUUGGCCUGUCCAGCUGUAAAUUUUAGGCGUCCUUAUUUAUACACACACACGAUAUAUUUUACGAUUUGAUUGUUUAUUCUUUGUAACGUAAGGAUCGAAUGAUUAUUCGUAUGUUGUAUGUGUA